AUGCCCCGCCCCUGCGCUAUAGGCAGGCUCUGUCCCGCUGCGGAGCGGACUCGGGGCGCGAUGCUGACGCUGUGGCUGGUGCACUGGGGGCAGAAGCUGCUGGUCUGGGGCGCGCUGGGCGCCUUCUCGGUGGCGGGCGCCACCUUGGUCCUGAACCUUCUGCAGAUGCUGACGAGCUACGCGCGGAAAUGGCAGCAGAUGAGGCCCCUCCCCACGAUACCCGGCGCCUUCCCGUUGGUGGGACACUCGCUGAUGCUGAAGUCUAACGGGACCGAAUUUUUUCAGCAGAUCAUUCAUUAUGCCGAGAAAUACCAACACCAGCCACUACUGAAACUCUGGCUUGGGACCAUGCCAGUAGUGGCCAUUUUAAAAGCAGAAAAUGUGGAGGUAAUUUUAACUAGUUCAAAGCAAAUUGAUAAAUCUUAUAUGUACAAGUUUCUGGAACCAUGGCUUGGCCUAGGACUUCUUACAAGUACUGGAAACAAAUGGCGAUCUAGGAGAAAAAUGUUAACACCCACUUUCCAUUUUACAAUUCUGGAGGAUUUCUUAGAUGUCAUGAAUGAACAAGCAAAUAUAUUGGUCCAUAAGCUUGAAAAGCAUGUUAACCAAGGAGCAUUUAACUGCUUUUUUUACAUCACCCUUUGUGCCUUAGAUAUAAUUUGUGAAACAGCUAUGGGGAAGAAUAUUGGUGCUCAAAGUAAUGAUGAUUCCGAGUAUGUCCGUGCAGUUUAUAGAAUGAGUGAUUCCAUACAUCGAAGAAUGAAGGCGCCCUGGCUCUGGCUUGACUUUCUGUUUCUCAUGUGCAAAGAAGGGCGGGAACACAAAAGGAGCCUAGAGGUCCUCCAUAACUUUACCAAUAAUGUCAUCGCUAAACGGACCAGUGAAAUGAAGAGAGACAAAGAACACAGAAGUGCUGACAAGGACUCUUCAUCUUCCAAAAAUAAACGCAGGGCUUUCCUUGACUUGCUUUUAAACGUGACUGAUGAUGAAGGGAAUGAGCUAAGUCAUGAAGAUGUUCGACAAGAAGUUGACACUUUCAUGUUUGAGGGCCAUGAUACGACUGCAGCGGCAAUAAACUGGUCCUUGUAUCUAUUGGGUUCUUACCCAGAAGUCCAGAAACAAGUGGACAGUGAACUGGAGGAAGUGUUUGGGAAGUCUGAUCGUCCUGCCACCUUAGACGACCUGAAGAAACUCAAAUACCUGGAGUGUGUCAUUAAAGAAAGCCUUCGCCUUUUUCCUUCUGUUCCUUUAUUCGCUCGUAAUCUUAAUGAAGAUUGUGAAGUUGGGGGUUACAAAAUUGUGAAAGGCUCUCAAGUCAUCAUCAUUCCCUAUGCACUGCAUAGAGAUCCAAGAUACUUCCCAAAUCCUGAGGAGUUCCAGCCGGAGAGGUUCUUUCCUGAGAAUUUGCAAGGACGCCAUCCGUACGCAUACGUGCCCUUCUCUGCGGGACCCAGAAACUGUAUAGGUCAGAAAUUUGCCAUAAUGGAAGAAAAGAGCAUUCUUUCCUGCAUCCUGAGGCAUUUUUGGGUAGAAUCCAACCAGAAAAGAGAAGAACUUGGUCUAGCAGGAGAGCUGAUUCUUCGUCCAACCAAUGGCAUCUGGAUCAAGUUGAAGAGGAGAAAUGCAAAUGAAUCCUAACCGUGUAAUUAGACUGUGCCUUUGUCAUGUAAAAGGUCUUUCUUGAAGGAAACUGGAUUUACAGUUUCUAGGUCGGAGAUCAAUACUCCCUGUCCCUAGACCUCUUUCUUUCUUGUCCUGCUUGCCUUGCGAUCAAGUCCACCAAAGAGUUUUAUAUUUUAAUCACCACCAUAGAUCUUAUUCUUGGUUUUGAUCCCAAAAGUAGGGUUAACUGAUGAUGGCACCCAAAUAAACAUAGGACAAGUUUCUCAACAAAGGGAUCCACAACCAACUCCAUUUCACUUGGCAGAUCCAAAAGAUAUAAUUUAAAGUUCCAGAAUUUUUAAAAGGUAUUCUUAUAGACUGGGGAACAUAUAUAUGCAUGUAUACAUAUGCAUUUAAUUUGAAAAGCGUGAGUAAUUAAGUACUUAGGCAUAAGAAGCCUAAAUUUUUUAAUUAUAUAAGUGGCAUCAAUUACGAGAAGAAUUAUUAUUACAGCACUUUUGGGAUUCUAUCACCUAGAGUAAAUAAUUUUUUUUUUAAGAUUUUAUUUAUUUGUCAGAGAGAGAGAGGGAGAGAGAGCGAGCACAGGCAGACAG